UAGUAUCGUCACUGACAUCGAGUCAAAGUUGCCAUUGCUUCUUUCCACGUCUACACAACAAUAAUAAACACCCUUUUGAGAUCGAAUCUUACACUCGGCAUAAUGCCUCUCAAGUCUGACCUCGUCAUUGACCGGAGCAAAUUUGAGGAUGCUGCCAUCAGCGAGCAGACGCGUCAAUACAAUGACGCACUCAUGCGAGUGACGGAAGGGGUACCUAAAUGGUGGGAUAUUGGAGCAGAGAAGUAUCGCCAGAUGCGUUGGAAUGGCGAGACUCCCAUGCCGAGACCCACUGUUCUCGACGGUGCGAAGAACAUCAACUUGCCCAGCCGUGAACCAAAUCGCCAAAUCCCUUGUAGAGUCUUCGAACCCAAAACUGGUGACAGCAAGGGCAUUUUCUACCAUAUCCAUGGCGGCGGUUGGGUCCUCCAGAGUGAGGCUUAUCAAGAUAACAUGCUCCAACACUAUGCCGAUCAUUCCUCCUUGAUCGUCAUUUCUGUCGGCUAUCGUCUCGCUCCCGAGGAUCCUUACCCAGCAGGCAAUGAAGACUGCGUCGACGUUGCCGAGCACUUAAUCAGGCACGGCAAGGAGGAAUUCGGCAGUGCACUGCUAUUUAUGGGAGGUGAUUCUGCAGGUGCACAUUUGAGUGUGCUCACUUGCUUUCGCCUGUUGAAGUCGUGCCCGGAAUUUGCAUUUCGCGGCCUUGUCUUGAACUUUGGGGCCUAUGAUAUCUCUGGAUGCCUGCCUCAGGUGCACCAUUUCACUUUGCCUUUGCUACUGGAUGGGAAUAUCAUGCACAAAUAUAUUGAAGCUUACCUGCCCAACACGACGCCAGAGCAGAGACGAGACAUGUGGAUCUCUCCCUUUUUCGCCGACCUGACCAAGAUGAAGCUGCCGCCUGCACUGUUCAACGUUGGCACACUUGACGUGUUGCUAGAUGACAGCAUCAUGAUGUCGACGAAGUGGGCCAUGAGUGGUGCUGAGUGCAUUCUGAAAUUGUAUCCGGGAGCUCCGCAUAAUUUCACGUGUUUCUCACCAAGCGGGACGGAGAAAACAGAGGAAUGUCUGCUUGAUAUAGCGCUUUUCUUGAAUGAGCGGAUGAAUUAAUGGCAUCAUGCAAUCGAACUCAAAGAGGUAUUUGACUUUG